AUGUCUUAUUCAACAGGGACCAACAACGAAGUCUUCAGACUUAUCGAGCUGCGGGUUGCCAAUGACACCCUCUUCACAGGGAAGAGGAAUAUCUCCAAGAAGGCCUGGAAAGAAAUCACACGGUUGCCGGACAUGGGGGACAGGGUGACCCCCAUUCAAGUGUCCAAAAAGUGGGACAAUCUAAAAAUCCAGUACAAGAAGCUGAGGAACCCUCCCACAGGCACGGGGACAGACGGAAGGGAGGAGACAGCAGCCACGUGGCCAUUCUAUGCCCAGAUGCACGAGACCAUCGGGGCAUGGCCCUCCAUCGAGCCGCCUGUCCUGAUGGACUCGUGCAACCCGGUAGAUGUGGCUGUUGUGUCCUCUGGAGGCCCAUCAUCCCCUGGAGCUGGAGCUGCCACAAGUGGCAGCUCUACCACACAGGCGGAUGAUGGGCCAUCCACCUCUGCCUGUCCCCCCCCGCCCAAGAAGAAGUGGACCUCCAAGGCAGCAAUCCUGGCCUCCCUGGAAGAGGAGGCUGCCAAGGAGGCUGAGGCCAGACGAGAGGCAAGAGAGGACAGGAAAAGGGCUCUUGACCUGCUAGAGGAGGCAGUCAGGAAGUUUUAAGUUUGUUUUCAUCCUCACAGGACAUUUUAAGUUUUUUUUUAUUAAUAUCCUCACAGGACUUUUUUGUUAUAUCCUCAUCUGUUUUUGUGAGCCUGCAGUGUUUUCAGUUAUAAUGUAAUUUUGUUAUAUUGAUACCUCAGACUGCAGCAUUCAAAACUGUAACAUAUUUUGUUAUAGUCAGUCAGACAUUUCGCAGUACAACACACUUAGUUGUGUAUAGUGUUAUGCAUUCU